GCUGCACGAGAGAAAAUGUCACAAAUUUUCGAGAGAAUAAUUUUUUAUCGCUUACCGAGGAAAUGCAACUGCGAUAAAAAAUCAAUUCAGUCAAUAACGUGUCGCCUUUUCAGUCGCAAGUCACUGCCCGAGUCGUUGUCAAUCAAACAAUCCGUUGCUUUAACGUCAUUUCUCGCUCCAAAGUUGAAUUUUUCCGUGUCAAACGUCACUUUUGCAUCGUUACCGAAACAUUUUUCGUUGUCUAGCAACAUUUUUACGGAGAGAAUUUGUCGUUUCUCAAAUUGUGGAAAGCAUUUGAGAAAAUUUCCCUCGUUUCGGAGACAAUUUUUAUCGUUUUUCGUGCAAGGCAAGAGUUUCAGUUCGCUCGCAAGUGACAUCCGUGCUGGUCGAAGCGGUGCGGUUGAGUUAAAAACAAGUGAAACAGCCAAAAGUUGCAGCAAAAAGUCGUCAAGACUUCUUUUUUCACGUCGACCCGUUCACACCAACCAAGGCAUGAUGGUUUGGGUUUCAGAUUAUGACAAACCCGACACUUCGAUGAGUAAAUUUGGACAAAUGAAAGCUGCCGAAGCAAACUCCCAUUUGGAGCACAUGUGCAAGUUGGAUAUCGACUCCAACGCUCCGCUCGUUCGUCAAACGGGCAUCAUUUGCACAAUCGGGCCCGCCUCCAAAGACCCCGAGAUGUUGGUUAAAAUGAUGAAAACCGGCAUGAACAUCGCCCGUUUGAACUUUUCGCACGGUUCGCACGAAUAUCAUGCCGAAACGAUCGCCAACAUCCGCAAAGCCGUGGAAAUGUAUUCGGCGGAAAUUGGCAUGGAAUAUCCGCUCGCCAUUGCCUUGGAUACGAAAGGGCCCGAAAUCCGUACAGGAUUGCUCGCGGGCAGCGGCACUGCUGAAGUCGAAUUGAAACGCGGCGAAACGAUCAAGUUGACAACGAACAAGGAUGCCGAGAACGACGGCAGCAAGGAUCAAGUUUACGUCGACUACAAGAACAUCACGAACGUCGUGCAACCCGGAAAUCGCAUUUUCGUCGACGACGGUUUAAUUUCGCUCAUUUGCAAGUCCAAGACUGCCGAUACGCUCGUUUGCGAAAUCGAAAAUGGCGGCAUUUUGGGAUCUCGCAAAGGCGUCAAUUUGCCCGGAGUUCCUGUCGAUUUGCCCGCUGUUUCGGAAAAGGACAAGAGUGACUUCAAAUUUGGCAUUGAACAAGGCGUCGACAUGAUUUUCGCUUCGUUCAUCCGUGAUGCUGCUGCCAUCUACGAAAUUCGUCGCAUUUUGGGCGAAGAAGGCAAAAACAUCAAGAUCAUCUCGAAAAUCGAGAAUCAACAAGGCAUGAAGAACUUGGAUGAGAUCAUUGCCGUUACAGAUGGCAUUAUGGUCGCUCGCGGCGAUUUGGGUAUCGAAAUCCCGCCAGAAAAGGUCUUUUUGGCGCAAAAAGCCAUGAUCGCGCGUUGCAAUAAACAAGGCAAACCCGGAAUUUGCGCCACGCAAAUGCUCGAGUCGAUGAUCAAGAAACCACGUGCGACACGUGCGGAAAUUUCGGACGUUGCAAAUGCCGUGUUAGAUGGCGCUGAUUGCACAAUGUUGUCGGGCGAGACAGCAAAGGGCGAUUAUCCGUUGGAAUGUAUCUUGACGAUGGCGAAAACUUGCAAGGAAGCUGAAGCUGCGUUAUGGCAUAAGGAUUUGUUCCGUGAUUUGGUUCUGAAUACGCCAACGCCUGUCGAUGCGACACAUUCAACUGCUAUUGCUGCUGUAGAGGGCGCUGCAAAGGCACAAGCUUGUGCGAUCAUCGUGAUUACAACUUCGGGACGUUCGGCGCACUUGAUCUCCAAAUAUCGCCCACGUUGCCCCAUCAUUGCUGUUACUCGUUUCCCACAAACCGCCAGACAAUGUCAUUUAUACCGCGGAAUUUUACCAAUUAUCUACAAAGAACCCGCUCUCGAUGACUGGCUAAAAGACGUCGAUGUUCGCGUCAAAUAUGGCAUCGAUUUCGGCAAAACUCGCGGCUUCUUGAAGACUGGAGAUCCAAUCUGCAUCGUUACCGGAUGGAAACAAGGCUCCGGCUUCACCAAUACCAUGCGUAUCAUAAACUGCGAAUAAAUAAAUAAAAAUAAAAAUUAGUUACCUAACCUAAAAAUUCUUCUAAUAAAACAACAACAACAUCGUUGGAAAAAUAACAUCUAAAAAAUGGCAAAGCUCAUCGUUUCUUUUCGAGAAAUUAUAAAAAAAAAACCUUAGGAUAUAGACAACUCUAUGAAUAUUUAUUGUAUUUAUUGGCUAUCUAUCUAUUUUUGUUUGAUAAAAUUGUAUUUUUUUAGUGAGUUCCGAGUUCUCUUAAAUAUCAACAGCUGCCAGCAGUUGCUGAAGUAACAAACAAACACGAAAAAUAUAUUAUUAUAAAAUUAUGUGAAAAAUUAACUAAUAAAUGUUGAAAAAGAGAA